GUCCAUUCUCCUCCCUCCUGCUCCCAUCCCACCCAGCCCAUACCCAUAUCAUCCAUCAUGUCUUCCGGUGUCCAACCUACCCAAGAAUGCCUCGAAAAGUUCCAGGAACUCAAGACCGGCAAAAAGCUCACAUACGUCCUCUACGGUCUCUCCGAGGACAAGCGCUCUAUCGUCGUCCUCAAGUCUUCAGACGACAAGGACUUCCAGACCUUUGUCAACGAUCUUCCUGAAGCCGACUGCAGGUGGGCUGUGUAUGACUUUGAGUUUACGCUGCCUGGUGGAGAGGGUAUCAGGAACAAGUUGGCUUUCAUCUUCUGGUCUCCCGAUGAUGCGCCCGUCAGGAGCAAGAUGAUCUUUGCUUCUUCCAAGGAUGCUCUCCGUCGCCGACUCGAUGGUGUCGCCCUCGAGAUCCAGGCCACCGACUUUUCCGAGAUCACCAGAGAAGUCGGUACGUAUCGAUUUCUCCCCUUUCAGCUUCUGAUACUGCAUUCUAAAACCAUUCUAUAGUUCUCGACAAGGCUACCCGAAAGUAAUCGCUUUCUCUCCCCACCAAACUCGCAGCGCCCCGGCAUCCUUGGCACAAAGCCUUUUUUUGUUCGUGAUACCUAUCUAGAGCAAAAGAUGAAAUCCUUUUCAUGACCCCAACACCUGUCCGUAGUCUUGCAGUAUGUCAGCGGCUGAUUCGUAUCUUGGGAUACUUGGCUCCGGAAUGCGCCAUGAGGCAAGGUUGAGGCAUUCUGGAAAGUUGACAGGAACAUUGUCGUGCUUCUGGGGUCCACAGCUCCUCGAUUCGAGGUGAUCACGCUCUCCAAAUUUGGACGAUAAGAUAAGGCUAUGAUAGCGCUAUAGUGCACUCCUGCUGCAAGUCGUCUGGAUGCUAUCGACUUUCGGAAGCACUCGUGGGCCGAUAGAUGGUCAGUGCCCGAUAUUUCAAAGCUGGAACCACUCGCCGGCUGAGUCAGCAGUGCCGCGAGACGGCAUGACACUCGCAAUUGGAGCGGCGGGGCUUGCGAAAG